UGAAGUUGGUUAGUUUGUUCAGUUGAGUUUCAAGAACUGACCAAGCCACAUGGUUUCUUCACUGUAGGAUACUUUUCUGUGCGAAGAACACUUGGCUUCGGAUACUCCUGUACGGUUUCGCAAACUGUGGAGUUUGAUGUUCUCGUUUUAUUAUCCUUUUCAUCGGAGUACAGUGAAACUGUUUCCUAGUACAAUUAGUGCACACGAUUCCACCUGAGGAAACCAACAAAUCUCAACAACCCACAGCAGCAACGUGCCCUCAGGCAUCUAGCCUGCCGGAAAUUAACAGGAAGAAGAAGAAGUGGAACAGUUUCCCCGAGUAGACUUUAAAAUGCUGUUUCGUAGGGUGUUGCAAAUUGGAGGGCUGACACUCAGGCGGUCCAUCCACCACAGUCCCGUAUGGAGGAAUCCUCUCAUACCUAUAGUUGUGGAGCAGACGGGAAGAGGAGAACAAGUGCACGAUCUCCAUUCUCGCCUCCUGAGGAAGAGAAUCAUUUAUUUAGCGGGUCAUAUUGAUGAUUCUGCAGCCAAUCUGGUAAAUGCCCAGCUGCUCUUCCUACAGUCAGAAAACACCAGCAAACCCAUCCACAUGUACAUCAACAGUCCUGGUGGUGUCGUGACAGCAGGCCUGGCCAUCUGCGAUACCAUGCAGUACAUCUCAAACCCCAUCUUCACCUGGUGUGUCGGCCAGGCAGCCAGCAUGGGCAGCCUGCUCCUGGCAGCGGGAACCAAAGGGAUGAGGCAUUCACUGCCAAACGCCCGUAUCAUGGUUCACCAGCCAACAGGAAGCUCCAGUGGUCAGGCUACAGAUAUCGCCAUCCAGGCUGAGGAGAUCAUGAAACUGAAGAGACAGAUCAAUCAGAUCUUUGCCAACCACACAGGGUAGCCACUGGAAACUAUUGAAGGUUUACUGGAAAGGGAUCACUACCUGAGUCCCAUGGAGGCGCAGGAUUUUGGACUAAUAGACCGGGUCCUGGUCCACCGACCCCUUGAUGAAUUGUCCUCCUAUUCUCCAAUGUCCUAUAAGCCAGAGUGGGUAAGAAUAGCCAGGAGCAGCAGCAGCCCACACCUCCCUAUUCCUACAUACAUGAGCCAUGAACUUACAACAUCAUUUUAAAAUGUUGGUAACAGGUCUUUAAAAUGAGUCAAUUAAUUUUUUGAACUCCACACACAAGUUGGUUAUUAUUCAACCCUGAGAGAAAGUAAGAAAGCUAAAGGAGAUUCUCUACACAGUUUUCUGUUCUUGUUCUGUUCCUCCUUGCUGCAGAGAUGUCCACUGAAGACUGCUGAGGGUUUUGUAUAAUCUGUAUUUGAAUAUAUAUAUAUAUAUAUAUAUAUAAAAAUAAAGAUACUUUUGACCACAA